GUUGAAACUGAUAAAGCUACUGUUGGGUUUGAGAGCCUGGAGGAGUGUUACAUGGCAAAGAUACUUGUUGCUGAAGGUACCAGAGAUGUUCCAAUUGGAGCAAUCAUCUGUAUCACAGUUGAAAAGCCUGAAGAUAUUGAGGCCUUUAAAAAUUAUACACUGGAUUCUUCAGCAGCACCUACCCCACAAGCAGCCCCAGCACCAACCCCUGCUGCCGCUCCUCCGUCACCUGCACCUCCUGCUCAGGCUCCUGGUAGCUCAUAUCCUCCUCACAUGCAGGUGAGGCUCAGCCUCUGGGUGUUUGCUCUAGAAAAUGUAUUAUUCAUUCAUUAUUUUUCAUAG